GACCCGGAUGCGACCGGGAAGCAGCAGUUGCCAGGGCGACGGGAGCUUUCCGGAGCUGCUAGUACUCCCGAUUGGAGGUGUAGAACCGUUACUUGUCGUGGGCCUUAGCGGCCACUGUGACCCUUUAGGAGGGCCCACGAUGUUCUUCUACCUGACCAAGAAAAUAUCCAUUCCCAAUAAAGUGAAGCUGAAGUGUAUAUCCUGGAACAAGGAACAAGGGUUCAUAGCAUGCGGCGGCGAAGAUGGAUUACUGAAGGUUUUGAAAUUAGAGACACAGACAGGUGAUGCAAAAUUGAGGGGUCUUGCGGCCCCCAGUAAUCUUUCUAUGAAUCAGAAUCUUGAAGGUCAUAGUGGUUCUGUUCAAGUUGUAACAUGGAAUGAACAGUAUCAGAAGUUGACUACCAGUGAUGAAAAUGGGCUUAUCAUUGUGUGGAUGUUUUGUAAAGGCUCUUGGUUUGAGGAGAUGAUCAACAAUCGAAAUAAAUCAGUUGUUCGCAGUAUGAGCUGGAAUGCUGAUGGACAGAAGAUCUGCAUUGUAUAUGAAGAUGGGGCUGUGAUAGUUGGUUCAGUGGAUGGCAAUCGUAUUUGGGGAAAAGACCUGAAGGGUUUACAGCUAUGCCAUGUAACAUGGUCUGCAGACAGUAAAGUCUUACUCUUUGGAAUGGCAAAUGGGGAAAUACACAUUUAUGACAAUCAAGGGCAUUUUAUAAUAAAAAUGAAACUGAGUUGUUUGGUGAAUGUCACUGGAGCUAUCAGCAUUGCUGGGAUUCAUUGGUACCAUGGUACAGAAGGCUACGUGGAGCCUGAUUGCCCUUGCCUUGCUGUUUGCUUCGACAAUGGAAGAUGCCAAAUAAUGAGACAUGAGAAUGACCAAAAUCCCGUUUUGAUUGACACUGGCAUGUACGUAGUAGGCAUCCAGUGGAACCACAUGGGCAGCGUAUUAGCUGUGGCAGGCUCCCAGAAGGUGGCCACGCAGGACAAAGAUGUGAACAUUGUGCAGUUUUACACUCCGUUUGGUGAGCAUCUGGGUACUUUGAAAGUUCCUGGAAAGGAAAUAUCUGCACUAUCUUGGGAAGGAAGUGGAUUGAAAAUUGCACUAGCUGUUGAUUCCUUUAUAUAUUUUGCAAACAUUCGACCUAAUUAUAAGUGGGGUUAUUGCUCAAAUACUGUAGUUUAUGCAUAUACCAAACCUGAUCGUCCAGAGUACUGUGUUGUCUUCUGGGAUACGAAGAAUAAUGAAAAGUAUCUUAAAUAUGUGAAGGGUCUCAUUUCUAUUACCACCUGUGGUGAUUUCUGCAUUUUGGCUACAAAAGCUGAUGAAAAUCAUCCUCAGGAGGAGAACGAGAUGGAGACUUUUGGUGCAACGUUUGUACUAGUUCUUUGUAAUUCUAUUGGUACACCCUUGGAUCCCAAAUACAUUGAUAUUGAAGCUUUAAAAAAGAACUUUAUGGAUUAUUAUGGAAGUGUAGUUUAUGGGGCUCUGUUGUGCUCUACACUACCACUAUUUGUUGCAAUGACCAAAACGCAUGUGAUAGCAGCCUCGAAAGAAGCAUUUUAUACUUGGCAAUAUCACGUGGCAAAGAAGCUCACGGCAGUGGAAAUUAAUCAGAUCACACGGUCUCGAAAAGAAGGGAGAGAAAGAAUUUAUCAUGUUGAUGAUACCCCUUCUGGAUCAAUGGAUGGUGUGCUUGAUUACAGUAAGGCCAUUCAAGGCACAAGGGAUCCAAUUUGUGCCAUAACUGCAUCAGAUAAGAUAUUGAUUGUGGGUCGUGAAUCUGGCACCAUUCAGAGAUACAGUCUACCUAAUGUUGGUUUGAUUCAAAAAUACUCCCUUAAUUGUCGGUCCUACCAGUUAUCCUUGAAUUGCAACUCUAGCCGUCUUGCUAUCAUAGACAUCUCAGGAGUUCUAACUUUCUUUGACUUGGACGCUCGAGUAACGGACAGUACAGGACAGCACGUAGUCGGCGAGCUGUUAAAACUGGAACGAAAAGAUGUCUGGGAUAUGAAGUGGGCCAAAGAUAAUCCUGAUUUGUUUGCAAUGAUGGAGAAGACAAGAAUGUAUGUUUUCAGAAACUUGGAUCCUGAGGAACCCAUUCAGACCUCUGGAUAUAUUUGUAAUUUUGAGGAUUUAGAAAUUAAAUCUGUUCUUUUGGAUGAGCUAUUAAAGGAUCCAGAACGUCCAAACAAGGAUUACCUAGUUAACUUUGAGAUUCGGUCUUUGCGAGAUAGCCGAGCCCUGAUUGAGAAGGUUGGAAUUGAAGAUGCAUCUCAAUUCAUAGAGGACAAUCCACACCCCCGACUUUGGCGCCUACUGGCUGAAGCAGCUCUUCAGAAACUGGACCUACACACUGCAGAGCAAGCAUUUGUGCACUGCAAAGAUUACCAAGGCAUUAAGUUUGUGAAGCGCUUGGGCAAACUAUUGAGUGAGUCAAUGAAACAGACUGAGGUUGUUGGCUACUUUGGCAGGUUUGAAGAGGCUGAAAGAAUGUAUCUUGAGAUGGACAGAAGGGAUCUUGCUCUUGGCCUCCGGCUGAAACUGGGGGAUUGGUUUAGAGUAUUCCACCUCCUGAAAACUGGAUCUGGUGAUGCGGAUGACAGUCUCCUGGAACAAGCCAACAAUGCCAUUGGAGACUACUUUGCCGAUCGACAGAAGUGGUUGAAUGCUGUACAAUAUUAUGUACAAGGGCGGAACCAGGAACGCUUAGCUGAAUGUUACUAUAUGUUAGAGGAUUAUGACGGAUUAGAGAACCUUGCCAUUUCACUUCCGGAAAACCACAAGUUACUUCCAGAAAUAGCACAAAUGUUUGUCAGAGUUGGAAUGUGUGAACAAGCAGUGACUGCAUUUUUGAAAUGUGGUCAACCAAAGGCAGCGGUAGAUACCUGCGUACAUCUAAACCAAUGGAACAAAGCUGUUGAAUUGGCUAAAAAUCAUAGUAUGAAAGAAAUUGGAUCUUUGUUAGCUAGGUAUGCAUCUCAUUUACUGGAAAAGAAUAAAACGCUUGAUGCCAUAGAGCUCUAUCGGAAAGCCAAUUACUUUUUUGAUGCCGCUAAACUGAUGUUUAAGAUUGCAGAUGAAGAGGCAAAGAAAGGAACAAAACCUUUGCGUGUCAAAAAGCUGUAUGUACUGUCAGCCUUACUUGUAGAGCAACACCAUGAACAGAUGAAGAAUGCCCAGCGAGGAAAAGCUAGAGGAAAAAAUUCAGAGGCCACGUCUGCCUUGGCUGGUUUGCUGGAAGAAGAAGUUCUGUCUACAACAGAUCGUUUCACAGAUAAUGCAUGGAGAGGGGCUGAGGCUUACCACUUCUUCAUACUUGCACAGAGGCAGCUCUAUGAGGGAUAUGUGGACACAGCACUGAAGACAGCUCUUCACCUGAAAGACUAUGAAGACAUCAUCCCUGCUGUGGAGAUCUACUCUCUGCUAGCACUCUGCGCAUGCGCCAGCAGAGCCUUCGGGACUUGUUCAAAAGCUUUCAUUAAACUUACUUCUUUAGAGACUCUCAGUUCAGAACAGAAACAACAGUAUGAAGACCUCGCUUUAGAAAUCUUCACCAAGUAUACUUCAACAGACAACAGAAAAUCUGAAUUGGACGACAGCCUUAUGGAAGGUGGAGAAGGGAAACUGCCAACAUGUGUUGCCACGGGGAGCCCGAUCACUGAGUAUCAGUUCUGGAUGUGUGGUGUAUGCAAGCACUGUGUCCUUGCUCAGGAAAUAAGCCACUAUAGCUUCUGCCCCUUAUGCCACAGUCCAGUGGGAUAAAGGAAUGAUGACCUGUAUAUAACUGUAAAAUAUAUGUAGCAAACAUACAUAGCAAGAACUGUGUAUGUAAUAAGGUUUAUUUCAAUGAGUUUUGUAUGAAAAUUAGCCUCAUUAUUUAUAGUUGAGUUUUUGCACAAAAUAUAUGUUAAUAUAAUAAUUUUUUUUACAGAAAUAUACCUGUGAAAUAAGAAGGCUGAUUUUCAUAUAAAAUGUAUGAAAAAUCAACCAUAUUUUCUCUCUCCCUCUCUGUCUUGUAUUUGAUCAUAUGAUACCAUGGGAAUAUUCCAAAUAAAUAUUUUUCUCACAGUGUCAAGAUAACUUAAUUCAUUAAAAAAUCUUAAAGGGAGUGGGGAAUGGGGGAAGCAUGGGAAUGGGACAAAGUUGAAUUUAGAGAAUUUUUGUAACACAUAUGACUAGGAAGUUAAUUGUAAUAGUGAAAUGAGCUCUCUCUGUAGCUGUAUUUAAUUAAAUAAGCAUCGAAUGUCUUCUCUGUUAUAUUUUCAGAAGUGAGGUGAUAGCAUUUGAAGACUUUUUUUUUUUUUACAGUUUAAAUUGCUUCUAGUAGUCCUAUUCUUCUAUUUUAAAAUCUAUCCUAAAAGUCUCAUUCAAGAGAUGGCAUUUGGAAUUUAUACUUUCAUACCAUUGUGCAGAAAAUUUUGCUCUAUUUAUAAUGAAAAUAAACAAAAAUAUCAAUUUUGUAGUUAUAGCUUCUUUUGAAACAUUGUUACUAAGCUGGACCCUUCAUUUAUACAAAUAUUGCUGAGGGAGUGAUUCUUUCUUGAUAUGCAUCUGUUUUCAUUAUUAAUUUAAAAGAUAAACAGCUGUGAUCUGAAAUGGAUCAUUUUUUAUGUCUUUUAUAUAGUCAAUAAUGUUCUCUGUUUAUUUGUGAUGAAUUUCAUUUUGUGCCUAAACACCAGACCUUUGCACUAUUUCAUCAAGAUUAUUUUAUUGCGGUUUGGCUUACAUUUAGUAGAGGCAAUACAUACAGAGAGAUAUGCAGCUUUGUUAUUGUAGCUACAGUUCUCAAUCUGAUUUGUUUUUGUCUUGUAGAGACAGAGACAAGUUCAGCGUGUUGCAGAUUGGGAACAGUGAGCUAUGAGAAGAGAUUUAGAGCCUAGAUGAGUUUAGGAUAGAUAGUGGGCUCAUGGGCCUAAGUAAAAAGAGAAGACCAGAAGUCUUUGAGGUCUCUGUCUGUAUUCAUGCACCUUGUGGAAAAUUACCUUGGUACAUUGGUAGCCUCCAAAUAAACUACCUAGCAAGCUACACCAGAGAUCAUGGAAGAGAAAGCCUUACAUACCAAAUAAAAAUUCUCAAAAUACAUUGGUUUGUUGAACCAAUUUGCAAUACACCGUGAAGAACAAGGAGAAAGCAAUGAUAGAUUAACACUGUUAGUGUAGGGUGCCAGUGGGUGGAAAGACUGUAAGACCUGAAUCCUGUGUUAUGUAAUGUUUGUAUGUCCUGACGCGCACUCUGUCAUACGAGCUUUCCCGUAAUAGUGGGGUUACAAAGAGGAUCAGAGUGGCCGUUUGAGCCAGAGGACUCAGUCAGAGGAAAUGUGCCUGAGGCCAACAGCGUACACUUGCUGUAUAGAAGAGUCUCGGGGGGCAAGUACAGUUGGCCGCAGCAAUAGCUUGCCUAUUAGGCUUCUGAGCAGUUGUGAAUUUUAUUGUAUUUCUUGGGUAAGGUCAGGCCAGAAUGAGUGUCACCAGUGGGUAAUUGAAUCAACUUCCCACACAUACUGAGGCCUUUAUGUGUCUCAUGUAUACUUUGUGUGUCAUGAAUAUGUGGUACCUUUGUGGCUUUUCAUAUUUUUAGUGCUUCAUGAAUAUUUGGUAUCUCUUGCUCCUUUCCAAUCUGUAGUCACACAUACAUGCUCUGUUAACUUUGUCUAAUAUGUCUCCUAAGUUACUAACUUACCUAAAUUUAACCCAAUGAAUUCCAUCUUUCUCAUUUGUUCUCUUCUAUACCAGAAGGGGAAAUUUCCCCAAAUCACAUCCUAACAAAGAAGUCUGUCUAAGACAAUAUAUCUCCUGUUGAAAUUACUUCUUUCCACAGGAUUUUGUUUUUAGGGAUGAGACUAUUUUCUACUUCAUCGAGGAAAGAGAAAUGUUCAGGGUUGUAGGGAUGGUCACUUACUAGCUUUGCCUGUCUGAAAGGUUCGUGCAGGAUGGCUUGGUCAAAGCUGCCAAAGCCGCAAUUCUUGGUCCAUGAUCUAAUGCUUGAGUAUCUCUUCUUUCCCUUUCCUAUUUCAGGAAUCAGCUGAGAAUUCCUUUGAUUGUCAUGUCUCUUGCCCCUUAAGGUGAUGCGUUGGUUACACUUUCAUUUGCUUUAAUUCUAGAAUCACCUGUUGACGCCUCAGACUUCACCUAUCUUUUGGAAAGUGUCUUUUGGAGCCUUCCCCUAAUUUUCCUCUAAUUCCGUGCUGCCUGAGCCCUAGAAUUUUCCCCCCAACUACUUACUCCAGAUAGAUCCUGAGUUGCUGGAUCUCGCUGAUAUUUCAACAAUAUCUAGUUGGUAUUUCUAGUUCAGUUGGAUCCAGAAACCAGUAUCUCUAAAAACCACCUCUUAUACCUUGUGGACCUAAUUAUCAUAUAUGUAUAUGUGUGUGUGUGUGUGUGCAUAUGUACACAGAAAAACACAUCUUUUUUACUUUUGUAAAAGCUUAUGCCUCUUUGGGAUCUGUAUCUGUGAAAGUUUUAAUGAUCUGCCAUGAUGUUUUGGGGACCUUUGUCUUGUAUGUAAAUGGUACUAGAGAAAGAACCUGUAUUAUGAGUCGAUCCAGGUGGUUUUAUUUGACAUGAAGGAAAUGUCAAGGUAAGAAAAAAUGCUGACAAACUCUCCCUUGAUUAGGAGGACAAAGAAAAGCAAAACUGACCGUAAAAAACAAUUACCUGGUGAGAAGUUGCAUAAACAGAAUUAGGUGGUGUACUGAAGAUAGCAUCAUGAAGUAGUUAUAUUGUUCUUGCAAAAAACAUGUACUGACUCCCUUUGAGUAAUGCCAAGUUAUUUUUAUUAUAAAACUUGCCCUGAAUUACACGUUUCAAAAUGGUGUGGUGGGUCAAAGUACUGAAAUGAUGGAACUGACUGAUGAAGCUGUACAAAUAGCAGUGUGCCUAACAAGCAACACAACAACAUUAGCGUGCUAUAAUUCACAAAUGCCAAUUUCAUAUAAAGUGUAUUUUGCUAAAAUAUACUUUGAAAUUACUUUUCUGUAUUCCAAGAGCUGAGAUCUUAGAUUUUAUGUAGUAUUAAAUGAAAAAGUAUGAAAAUAAUAAAAACUGAAGAAAAA